GGCUCCGCCCCCUUCAGCCUGCCAGCGCCACCGGAGGCCGCUUAAGCUCCGGCGCCGGGCCGACCCUGGGCGCAGGCGCAAAAGGGAUUGGCGGGUUUGAAAACCAUGGCGUGGGUUCCUGCCGAGUCUGCGGUGGAGGAGUUGAUGCCACGGUUGUUACCUGUGGAGCCCUGUGACUUGACGGAAGGUUUCGAUCCCUCGGUGCCCCCCAGGACGCCUCAGGAAUACCUAAGGAGGGUGCAGAUUGAAGCGGCUCAGUGUCCAGAUGUUGUGGUAGCCCAAAUUGAUCCAAAGAAGUUGAAGAGGAAGCAAAGUGUGAAUAUUUCCCUUUCAGGAUGCCAGCCUGCCCCUGAAGGUUAUUCUCCAACACUUCAGUGGCAGCAGCAACAAGUGGUACGGUUUUCAGCUGUUCGACAGAGUGUGAACAAGCAUAGAAAUCACUGGAAAUCUCAGCAGUUGGAUAGUAAUGUGACAAUGCCGAAAUCUGAAGAUGAAGAAGGCUGGAAAAAAUUUUGUCUGGGUGAAAGGUUGUGUGCUGAAGGGGCUGUUGGACCAUCUACAAAUGAAAGUCCCGGGAUUGACUAUGUACAAAUUGGUUUUCCUCCCUUACUUAGUAUUGUGAGCAGAAUGAAUCAGGCAACAGUUACAAGUGUCUUGGAAUAUCUGAGUAAUUGGUUUGGAGAAAGAGAUUUUACUCCAGAAUUGGGAAGAUGGUUUUAUGCUUUGUUGGCUUGUCUUGAAAAACCUUUAUUACCUGAGGCUCAUUCACUAAUUCGACAGCUUGCAAGAAGAUGCUCUGAAGUCAGGCUCCUAGUGAGUAGUAAAGAUGAUGAAAGAGUUCCUGCUUUGAAUUUGCUGAUCUGCUUAGUUAGCAGGUAUUUUGACCAGCGUGAUUUAGCUGAUGAGCCGUCUUGAUAGAGCUUAUCUCCUGGGGAUGGAAGGUAGUUCUUUGAAGGCAGCCUGAGUCUGAGGAAGCACAAUGCCAAUUUGAGGACAGAGUGCAGCACUUCUUCAACGCUAUGUGAAGUGUUUCAUCUUAAUCUGCAGCUCAAGUUGAUAUUCAAAAUACUGUACUGGUUUGAGUAUCUGCAAUACCUAAGGAAAAGUCCACGGGGUAGCUGAACAGUUGGAAUAGUUUCUUCAGUCAUGUGCAUUGAAAAUAGAUGAAAUGUGACUUAUUACUUAAGCAGCUUGCAUAAAAACUGAUGAAAUUUUAUACAGGUCCCUGGUGCUGUUUCAUUGUUUGUUUACAAAUAUACAUACAUAUUUAUGUUGAAAUGUAUUUUGGCUACUCAAAUUUCAUUUGACUUUUGAACAAAAUAAAAGACAGUGGAUGUCCUUAGUAUUAUACUUCA